UACACUCGGUUUUUAUAUCUCAUAAACUGUAUACAUUUUUCCCUCAUACUUUAAUAUCCAUGUUUCUUCUUCAGCUCGUGAACCAACACUCUUUCUCUGUCAUUUACAUUUCCACUGAAUCCCUCAGUUUGUCUCUCCGCUCUCUCAAUUCCUAUCACAGCAAGAGCUGUAUGACGUCAUAGCCCCCCUUGCUCGUGCAGAUGACCGCGCGCGCAGGUCUGGACGCUGGACUAGCAGAAAAAACCGGUUCCGCUGCUGGCCCGGGGGCGGUGUCUCGGGCGCGCGAGGCAAAAGGGAAGCCGCGGUGGCGCGGCCGCCGGCUCUGAUGGCUCCUCGCGCCCUGGGCGGGAAAGAGACACAGCAGUCGGCGCGGCGCGUGAGGGAAAGGGUCGGCAGGUAUCUAGGUAGUGACGUGGUGUCCGCGUCCCGCGAGCAAGCAAAACGGUGCGGUUGUCGUGUUUUUCACGGGAGGGCAGGAGCGGGAAGGGAAACAUGGCCGCGCAGUCGGACGGCGGAAAAGCUGCGGGGUGCGGCGGGUUCGCCCAGCUGUAUGAUGUCGACGCGGAGGAGCCGCUGGACUCCGCCGCCAUCCACAUCUGCCAGUGCUGCCGCACCUCCGCCUGCUACUGGGGCUGCCGCUCAGCCUGCCUCGGCUCCCUGCUCGGUGGGGGCCAGCCAGUCGGAGGGAUCGGAGUCCGGGAGACCCACUGCCCUCCCCGCGAGCAGCUGUGGCUGGACUGCCUCUGGAUCAUCCUCGCCCUCCUCGUCUUCUUCUGGGACAUUGGCACAGACCUGUGCCUGGCAGUGGACUACUACCAGAGGCAGGACUACCUCUGGUUCGGCCUGACCCUCUUUUUCGUGUUGGUUCCGUCGGUGCUGGUGCAGAUUCUGAGUUUCCGCUGGUUCGUGCAGGACUACACCGGCGGGGGGCUCGGGGAUGUGGAGGGGCUGACUAAGCGGGGCACGGUGACUCUGGGGUGCCUGUAUCCCGGGAAGGACCGACUGCAACUGGCCUCCAUCUGGCUGUGGCAGGCCACCAUUCACAUCCUCCAGCUGGGGCAGGUGUGGAGAUACAUCAGGACACUGUAUCUGGGCCUGAUGUCCCGUCGGCAGAAGGAGCACCAGCGGCGGUGGUACUGGGCCAUGAUGUUCGAGUACGCGGACGUCAACAUGCUGCGUCUGUUGGAGGCGUUCCUGGAGUCUGCACCUCAGCUGGUGCUGCAGCUCUGCAUCAUGAUCCAGGAAAACCGAGCCGAGACCCUUCAGUGCAUAUCUUCGCUGGCCUCCCUCCUGUCCCUUGCUUGGGUUCUGGCCUCCUACCACAAACUGCUGCGGGACUCUCGAGAUGACCAGCGCAGUAUGAGCUAUCGCGGCGCGCUCCUGCACCUCUUCUGGCGCCUUCUAACCAUCUCAUCCCGGGUCCUCUCACUGGCUCUCUUCGCCUCUCUUUUCCACAUUUACUUCGGGAUCUUCGUGGUGCUCCACUGGUGCGCCAUGGCUUUCUGGGUGGUUCAUGGAGGCACAGACUUCUGCAUGUCCAAGUGGGAGGAGGUGCUCUUCAACAUGGUGGUUGGCAUUGUCUACAUCUUCUGCUGGUUUAAUGUAAAGGAGGGACGGACGCGUUACAGGAUGGUAGUGUACUACAUCAUAGUGUUGGCAGAGAACACCAUUCUCACAGGGCUGUGGUAUGCCUACAGGGAUCCAGUUCUGACCGACUCCUACGCGGUUCCAGCUCUGUGCGGUGUCUACUUCACGUUUAUCGGUGGCGUCUUGAUCAUGCUCCUGUACUACGGUUUCCUGCAUCCCGCCACUGCCCACCUCCAGCCGAGUCCAGCCUCCUCCUGCUGUGCCCAGCUGCUUUGGGGGCUCCCCCUGCCCCCAUCUGCCCCACCCACUGCCCCGCCCACCCCAGCCCACAUGGUCAAGUCACAGACGGAUGAAGAUGUGGCUGAGACGUGUCUUCCCGUCUUCCAGGUGAGGUCUACUCCCACCACCUCCAAACCAGAGGGUCCGCUUAUAAAAAUCGACAUGCCCAGGAAGCGCUACCCGGCGUGGGACGCUCACUACGUGGACAGGCGCCUGCGUAGGACUAUAAACAUCCUGCAGUACAUAACGCCAGGCGCCGUGGGCAUCCGAUACCGUGACGGACCUUUGCUGUACGAACUGUUGCAGUACGAGUCCUCACUUUGACACCAACACACAUGUAUACUUUAGCACAUAAGCACCAUAAAAAAUACGAUAUGUGAAUGUUCUUGAAGAUUUAUGGUCAAACGUCCGACUUGAUGUGAGCACAAACGACUUGUCUCGUCUUUGCGUAAGCACACACACAACCAUGCGCACAUUUCUACCCCCCACAGCUUAGCGAGCAACUUUUACUGCCUUUCUAUCUGUCCUUUUCUUUGCUCCACCUUUCUGCUGAUCUCCUUUGAAAUCUAGCACAAGCUCUCUAUGUCGCAAAGAAAAAAAGAAAUAAAAAAAUGAGGAGCAACACAAAUGUACAUCCACACUGGAUCACACCCUUUAUGUUGCCAUUGUUUACAAGUCUGAGAGGAAUACAGCAACGUGACACAAGGAGUCACUUUUACCAAUAGUGGAUUGUAAAACCUAUUAAAAUAGUCAGAAAUUAGUAUGUAUAUAUAAUACAUGUACAGAACGGGUGCUUCACUUUGUGUUUCUGUUAGUUUUAGUGAAGAAAACACUACGAGGGACCAUUUUGAAGAGUUAGCUGGAAAGGGUUAGCUGCAGAGUGGGAAAGCAUGACAGGAAAGAUGGAGAUCGAGUUAAAGUUAAUAUAAAACCCUUAUGUAGUCACUUAUAAAUCCAUUAAGAUAGAAUUAAGAAAAUCCAGCAUUAUUGGAAUAUUCUGGACUGAAUUGGAUGUUAAAGUGUGUAGUGCUUGAGACUGAAUUUGUUGUGAAUUGGCGCUAAAUUAAAAAAUGAUUUUAUAUAAUAUUUCUAAUAACUAUAACAUUUUUUUUUAUUUGCCAAAUCUUUCAAAAUUAUCUAUAUAUUCUUAUAAUUUGGUCCAAGGUUUUUACACAGUUAAAAUGGAUACCUAGCUAGCAGCUAAUGGGCAAAAAACGUUCCUUCCAUAUUAUGCCAACCUUUGAUUCCAAACAAUUUUUUUGGAUAAGUCCAUCAGAAGGAUUAUAUUGAAUAACUUAAACUGGAAAAAGGCCACACAUUUUUAUUAACAAAAUUGCAAAGAAAAAAUUGCAUCCAGGUGCUAGCUAAAGUGUAAAGGUAGCUAGUUAACAAAAACAAUAAAAAACAGCAAAGUAAGUUAAAUUGAUAAGAUGAUAGGAUUUGUUGUUGUUUAAUCCUAGUUUAUCUUGAUUUUCCAAGUUACUAGUUUUUGAAGCUUUUUCGAAAAUAAAAUAGAAAGAAACAAAAGUUUCUAUAUUGUCCAUAAACAAUAUUUUCAUAGGUUAAUAGAACUUGGUGUUUAUUCCUUAAAGCAAAAACAUGAAUAAAAUUAAAGUUUUCCAAAAUGUUAGCUAGAAGCUAGCAACAUUAGCUCAAAGGGUAUAAUGUUGUUGUUGCUUACCGUUCGUCGAAUCAGCUUUCACUAAACCGCACAGGUGGUUUGGUAGAGUUUUUACGCUGGAUGCCCUUCCUGACACAACUCUGUAUUUCAUAAAAAAUAAGCCUUUUAAAUGCUAGUAGAAUUAUUUUUGCUAAAGAAAUGCAAGCAAGAUAAAUACACAAUUAUAAUUUAAAAUUAAUAUUCAAGCUACAGGAUAAACUAUUUGUGAGGUUAUUGGUUUAAGCCACUCAUAAGUCUUAACUGCGGUAUUUGACGCGCUCAGAUGACACUUAUCGGUUCAAACUUAACUGAACAAGUGAUACAAUUUCUGUUGCUUCUAAACCCCUUCAGAAACCCCUCAGAACAUGCUGAUUUGUGUGUUCUGUGUGCCAUCGGUCUAUCAGUUCUCCAUUUUUUCCUGUAAUGCUAACAGAGGAGGUAAAUGGGCUGCCAUGUAAGUAAUUCCCAAUCCAAAUGAAGAUGUUUAAGGAUUUAAAAGAAAAAAAUCAAACAUGUUGACCUGUAUCUUAAUCAUAUAAUGUCUUAAUGUGAUCUUUUGGUCAUGUUGGUCCAACACUGUCAGACUGCUGCCAGCAACUAUGAAACAUUUGUGGAAUUUAUUCAUUACAACCGUCCAGAUGACUUGUGUUCUCUCCUCCAAAAGCCACCCACAGUGAAGCUGUGAUGUGUGGCUCAUUAUUUAUUUAUUUUCAGUUUGUUUAUCCCUCCAAAUCAAGCUGUUGCAUUGGCAGGCAACAACAAACCAGCCAAUACAUCAGUCACUGGCCUGUCAAUCGCUACCUUGCUGCUCCGGGCACAACGAAAAACGUAUCACAACAUAUACGUAUCUCUCUCUUCUCUUUCUCUCCCUCUCCCUGUCUCUCUCUCUCUAUAUAUAUAUAUAUAUGAUGUAGUUGUCGGAUAAAGGUGUCCUGCUUUUCACACCUUUACUCCAGGUAUGUCGGUAAAUGAGCAGGUGAAACUCAACCAUGAGUCAUCGCAUUUGGCACAGUUAGGGAAUACGCGCACAAACACAUACAAGCUUCUUUAUGUUGAUUUUCUAACCACAAUCACCAAGAGCAACACAGAAGAUCAUGAUGAGGUAAGCACAGAGGAUACUUUGACAUUUUUUGAGCAUUUUGAUCAAGUGUGAUCAACAUAAAUGAGGAUUUUACACCUCGUGCCAAUUCAGAAAGAAGAGAUGCUGGAUUGGCCCAAACCUUGUGACCAUAAUUGGUAAGACUACAUAAGCAUUUUUGCAAGUUCCACCCACAACUCAAAACACUUACUGAUAAGGUCAACAGCUUACUUGUGGGUAACAUUAAGUAGAAUUAGCAGCUGGAGUUUUAUUUUGAAAGUUAAACUUCAAAAUUCUUUCUUCCUCUAUUCCUUUUUGUCUUUCCCUCCUACAAAUGAUAUGAAGCAACAUUACAGCUUCCAGAUCAACUCACAAGCGCAACAGUGAAACCACAACAGCAGAUAAAGUCCUAUUCUCUUUAUUUAUGUCUGCUCUUAUUCGGCUUACUCUGUGGUUACCUCAUAAAAACUUUAAGAUAAAGACAGAAUAAAUGAAAGACAGUUGAGAUAAAUGAGGGUUGAGGCCCUAAUGACAUAAAAAGCAGUAUUUAGACUCCAGUAAAGUAGCUAAAACUGAAAAAUUCUGCUGAAACAAAGCCAAAAUUAGGGAGAAUUUUAUCUAAACUCUCACAAACUCUGGUAAUAAUAUUGAAGAAAACUAAGAAAUAAUAGUUUUACUAGUGAAAUGAAUGCAACAUUGCACAAUUCAAUGACAAAUUGGCCAUAUUUACAGUUAAAUGGUAGAUUAUCUGAACGUUUGGCUUCUGGACAUUUAAAUAAUACAAACUUGCAAUGAAUAAAAGAAAUUGAAGAUCAGAGUUAAACCAGCUUUUGACUUAAAAAAAGGCAGUUUGACAGAUUAAUUUAGGUCUUCUCAGAAUAACUGCUAAUACAAUUUUUGCUAGAAGGACAAAACAUCUAAAAAUGUCUAAGUAUCCUCCUAAGCUCAAAGACAAGAGGCUUAAGCUUUUAUUUCCUGGUGCUAGCCAAGCAGCAAAGCAAACAAUUUAUUAGCUGCAAUCCGGCAGAUUGAUUUAGCUGUUGAGAAAAUACAACCCAAGCAGCUGAUUACAUGGUGCAACGCUCUAAAGCCACAGAGUCAAUUGGCUGCUAACCCCACUUUAUAUGGUGCAAACAUAAAAACACACUUGUACUAAUGGUGCAAUAAGGGCAGGUUGUCUCUUUGAAUCCAGUGGUGCAACUUGAGCACUUGCCUUCAGUUGACAACCGAGGCUGUGCCAAAGGCUCCGUCCAAAAGGGACGACCGCUCUUCCUGUCCUGCAGAAGCUAUGCAAGUUUCCGACGCAGGGAGGUGUGCUUAAUGUACACACACACACAAACACACACAGGUUUUUCCAGCAGGGAGAUGCAUAAGGCGACACACACGAAGAGUUGUAACAGUCUGGGGCGUUACCUCACACUCACAUCACGUCCAAUAAGCCCUUAACCCCUUUAUAAUUUGGGAACAAUAUUCACAUGGUGCUACUGAGUGGAACAGGAUGUGUUUUUUAAUGUGUAGUUAGGAAAAAAUUAGCCAAAUAUAUUGUUUCACAUUCAAAUGGACGAACAAAUACUGUAAUUUGAAUGGUUGUAGAGAAUGUGAGAAAAAGUGCACCACUUUCUUUCUCUCACCUGAGGACAUAACAAUGCCUUCUCAUCUCAGCAGAUGUCCCUCGAGUCAUGAGGAGGGUGGUGCUGCUUUCUUGUUCUCCCGGAUCCGGACAUGCGCUGCACAUGCAGCACGGAUCAGGAACAAAAACCCCAAUAUGUGCCAUUUGUGUUGGUGUCAAAUUGCUUUGCAUGAAUGUUGCACACGUAGGGGUGCACACAUGAAUGGGUUCUGCAGAGUUGUGUUCUGGGUUAUUUAGGGGGAGAUCUUUUGAGCUUUAAAGCUUUUAUCCAUAUUUUGCUCCAAACAACGGCCCUCCUUUGCAUUCAGAACUCCAACUAACAUCAGAUCAGGUUUAAAACAGUCAAAUCAGGUCAGACUCAACCAAAUAUUUGGUUUUUUUUCGUGUGUAUAGAAGUAUUCAUAUGUUGUGUUGGGGUUCAAAGUUCAGGUACCAUCAUUGAGUUUAUUUUGUUGCCAAGCAGU